AUGGGGGAAGUAGAAGGAACAAAUUACCGGGCAGGCAAUGGGCUGACCAGAAGGGUUCAGGGAGUUGGCGAGGAUCUGGAGGGGGUUACACUUCCAUCGCCAUUUGCAGCAGAAAUGACAGAAGCUGAAGCAGACGAACUCGUCAAGAGCCAGCGUGCCCUCUACCAGCAAGCUCUCAAGCGCCGUGAGACCAUUCCUAGCAACGCCUGCAAGAAGAAGUGUACCAACACUCUCUUAGGUGUGCCUGCACCGAAGAAAAAACCCCGCGCCGCUAAGUCCGGUAAGAAGAAAGGCAAGCAGGGGAGGAAGGCAGGAGCUACUACAGGCAAUCAAGCUGACUUACCUGCUCUCGCAACUACCGAAGAGGAGCUUGUCACAGAGGCGCUCCCGGACCUCCCUCUGCCCGCAAGUUCCCAGCAGCAGCAGCAGGCCGUUACGAACCCGAACCCUCCGCCCGCGAGUUUCUUGCAGCAACUUUUCACGAACCAGACGGCUCUGCCCGUGAGUUCCCAGCCGCAGCAUUUCUCGAGCUGUCACCCGAACCGUCCUCUUCCCGCGACUCGCCAGCAGCAGCAGCAGCCUGUUGCUUCCCAGCAGCAGCAGCAGCAGCAGCAGCAGCCUGUUGCUUCCCAACUGCAGCACCAGCAGCCUGUUGCUACUACCCAACAGCAGCAGCAUCACAACCUUGAGUUCCUCGCUGACGCAACCACCGGCGCGCUGGCUGGGGAUUUCUUGACGGAUAACCGCUCCGCCUUCGACAAGGAGCUGGACGAGUAG